UUUUCUUCUGUUUGUGCAAGGCAAACUCUGAGAAAAGAUAGAGAAGACGCCAAUGGAGGAUUACUCAGAAGAAGAGGCUGAAGAAUACAACACGUCUGAGGUAGAUUGGGGAGAAGAAGCUGACCAGGAUUGUUGGGACGAUGGAGAUGACCACACUGAAGGUCAUUGGUGCGCAGACUCUGUUCCAGAGUAUGUCCCAAACGAUGAACAAGAAUACCCAGAGGUGGAACCAGAAUCAAUGGACCAGUAUUCAACUUGCUAUGGUCCCAAAUCCCAACUCAUCUAUGAGGAUAGUUCUGAAGGAAAAUAUUAUUCUCAAGCGUGUCCUAGAAGAGAAAAGACCACCGUGGCUGCACCAUCAAGAUCUUAUCAUGGGAGUCUAUCAAGACAUGCUCACAGCACGCCAUGGAACUACAAUGGAGAUCAGUUUUAUCAGAAUCGCUUGGCUGCACCAUCUAUACAUUUUUCUGGUCAUAAGCAAGGACCAAGUGCAUAUCUAAGGUGGGAGGACGACAUGGAGCAAUGGUUUAUAGCUUGGAGAAUUCCAGAGAAGCUAAAGCUAACUUAUGCGAAGGAUACCUUAACCGGAGAGGCAUACAAUUGGUGGAGUCAGCUAGAUGCUGAUAGGAUCUAUUUCAAUGAUCCGGCUUUUACUUGGAAAGAGGUUAAGAUGCUCAUGUAUAGUGAGUUUGUGAAGAAGGCAAAAUACAUUCAGAAGGUGUCCACAAGGAGAUUAAUAAAGCACCAAGUCUUGCAACCCACAGUUCAGAGAGAAGUUGUUUCCCAAAGACAAAGUUCAAGGCCAGUGCAUCCACCUCAUGUCAAACGAAACCAAGGUGAGCACUCUAACUCUUUAAAACCAUCUGAGGUUAUUUGUUAUAGGUGUCAAGGCAAGGGCCAUCUAGCAAAGGAGUGUCCCACAAAACGAGUUGUGAAGUCAGUACUAUCUGAAGCAAAAGAAACAAACUUGGAGGUAAGUGAUUCCGAUACUAGAAUUGAUGAUUCCUUUUCUAGAAUGGAUAAACAUAUUGAUGAUCUUAUCAACUUGAUUAAAGCUAGAUCUACUUCUGUUUCUAGUAAUUCCAUGACUGUCUUAACACACUUGUCUAGCGCCCAAAAGGUUGAAAGUAUUUCAGGUACUAACAUAGAAAUCAAGGAACAAGAGCCCAACCUUGCUGCGCAAUCAAGUCCAACACUUGAUAAGGUGAUUUCUGAACUUAAAGUGAAUAAUCUUACUUAUCAAAACACUGGUAUGAUGCACUUGCACUCUGUCCAGAAUGUUGAUGAAGGUCUAGGUAAUGAGGAGACACGUACAGAAGCUAAACAACAAGAGAAUAAUGAGCAAUCUACCCUAGAGACCUCUACACCAGCUGAUCAAGCUUUAGAGGUAGUAAAUACCAAAGCUGAAUCAAUGCAAGAUAACCAGGUAAGUGAAGCUCUAAAUCUUACUCAAUAUUAUAUUUUUGAAUCGUCCACUUCAAGUAUGAAACACUUGCUCUUGCCCAUAAGUGAUGAUUCAGAUAUAGGUACAAUGGAGAAGCAUCCAGAACCAAACUCACAACCUUACACCCAAGCAGUGGUCAAUGGAGAAACCAAUUGUGAAAUAGGAGAUUUCGAAAAGGAGACCACGAUCCUUCCAAGGGAAAUCAUAGACCGACCAUGGAAAGGGGGCAUAGCUUCCCUACUGAUCAAAGAAGAACCACCAGAUGGACAAUGCAUCACAAAACCGUGCAUAUACCAAGGUAAAUUGGUUUUGAGGACAAAACCUUUUGAAGAGGGAGGGAAUGAUGAGGACCUAAAGUCAGUAGCUGGACCACCAACUCAUGAGAUCAACCAUACAAGCUACAUUGGAGCCAGCAGCGACAUAGGUGCACUCAAAGAAGGAUAUCUUUGCAACCAUAAGGAAUUUAACCGUGAAACCAGUUUCUAUAGAUUCUCAACUCAACCAGAGCACGCAGCGAAUUGGUUUCAUACCAAAAAGAGUAAUGGUUUAGGAGAUAUGCCAGUUACAAGUCAGACUAUCUACACUGCAUCCGAAUUGGUUCUAAUUAAGGAAAGUAAUUCUUUGCUUAAGGAGUGUGCAACUCAAACUCACGUGUGGAAACCAGGAGAUUAUUCAUUACAUCUAAGAGCAGUGGGAGAGUUUCUACCAUGCACCAGCAGCCACAUGAUCAAGAUGAAUCCCUUAUUUGUCAACUUACCUUACAUGGAUGCAUUCACACUUGGAGUUAUUAAAGACCAACGGCUCUUUCCCCUUCUGUUCAGGCACGACUUAGAGACUAUCCAGACAUCAAAGGAGAUCCCACGGAUGCAUUUAUUUCUGCCCAAACUCACAAGAUACAAGGAGAGAAGACAACUUCCAUACAUGGACAGAUUCUGCACCAACUAAGUCCAACGGCUAGUUUUUCACUUAUUAUUUCUUUCCAAGUUAUUCUUUUAGGCAUUUGUGUUCUUUUCUAUUUAAACAGAGCUAAGUCUCAUUUGUAAAUGACCCUUGCACGAAAUUAAUAAAGUAUUAUUCAGUUUACAAAGUUUGUCUUUGUUUUGUUCAAUUAGUCUUUAGGUGGAUUCCUUUAGAUUUCUUGUUCGUUUGCUUGUCUCCUUAGUUUGUGGAUUCAUUCUAGGAUACAAGUGUAGGUCUCUGUCUUUGUGUGGAUUCACAUUGGCGCAGGCUUCUGGUCUUAUCAAAGGGAUACUUCCGCAACCCUUUGUGGCGACAAUCGAUCCAUUCAAGCUUGACAACUCUUGUUGCCUUGUGAUCUAGCCUUUGUUAGCUUAGGCUUGUAUCAGGAAGCACUGAAGUGGUGGGAUAUUGUGAUGCGGAUUGGGCUGGUGAUAGAGCAGACAGGAGAUCAACUACAGGCUAUUGCACAUUCAUUGGAGGCAACUUGGUGACUUGGAAGAGCAAGAAGCAGAAGGUAGUGUCAUGU